AUGGCGGCGCCUCUUUGCGCCUGCAAGCAGCUGGCCCUGUUGAUUAUUUUCCUCGCCGCCUGCUCCCGUGAGCUUUCCCCAGCUUCCGCCCAGCUCAUCACGACACCUGUCACGCAGCGGUCCUUCACGGUGGACGAGGCUGUCGCGCAGACCUGGGCCAGGGCAGCCUACUUCGACAGUUUCCUCAAUGCUGGAAGCGCGAACGGCCCUCAAAACUUUGCCGCAACGCCUGUGGACCUGGACGGGGGUUUUGGCCCUCUUGGGACUUUCGUGGUAAAUGUGGGCGUUGGCAGCCCACCGGUUACGUUGCCAGUGGUCGUCGACACCGGCAGCCACGUCAACUUUGUCCAGGGGCCAGAUUGCAUAACCUGCUCUAACUGCAGCCCAUUCAAUGGGGGCCCCUCCGAUUGCCCAUUUACAAACACGAUCUACAACCCCGCUCUAUCAAGCACAGCGGCCACAAUCUCCUCAUGUGCUGCGUGCGCGUCGGGGGGAAUCGGAGCAACUGGGUGCAAGAACAUAACGUCCAUUUCCCCUGCCAACACGUGCCAGUUUAAGAUUCAAUUUGGGGCCGGCGAUGCUGCUGGCCGGUAUGUGAAGGACGUGGUUUCCGUGGGUUCUCUAUCGUCUGGGAGUACGCCAAUCUCCCUUGGGAUCACAACGUAUGAGUCACAAUUUGAUGGAACAGCGGGUCUGUUUGGAUUUGGGCCAACCGACACCAGCUUGCCGUUCCAAUUGAAGGCGGCUGGCGCGGUGACUUCUUCCACUUUUGCCUUGUGCCUGGCCUCUGGUUACAACAAAGGCGGGACACUCUAUCUCGGGGGGGCCCCCACUCAGCCCAGCGGCGUUACCUACACGACCCCCCUGCAGAGAAACCCCAACGUGCUUUUCCUUAUCCCAAAACCAGUGGAUGUCUUGCUCGAUGGCAAGCCCAUCAACGGAGCCGCUGCGGCGCUAGCGUCAGGGUCCAAUGACUGGAUCGUGGAUUCAGCGUUCAUGACAUUCAGCGAUGAGGAGGUCUAUGCGCGUUUUCCCAUUCUGACGUUUGAGUUGCAAGGCACCACAACGGUUGCGCGGCCCAAGUCGUACUUAAAUCUUAACUUCCGUAACGCGACCGGCCGAUAUGUCAUGCCUGGGAUCGUGAAUGGAGGGGUCUUCAGCACUUAUAUUAUUGGCGACACCUUCAUGACUGAUAACCUG